ACGGACGGACGGACGGACGGACGCGGAAGAACGAGGCAGGUCUGCGACGAGUGCAGUGCAGCAGCAUGGUGGAGCCGAGCGCGUUGCUGCUGCAGCGGCAGCUGAAGGAGCUGACCAAGAGCCCUGUCGAUGGGUUCUCAGCGGGGUUGAAGGAUGACGACAUUUAUCACUGGGAGGUCAUGAUGAUGCCUCCCGAGGGCACGCUGUAUGCCGGGGCUAUGCUUCGAGCCGAGCUGAUUUUUCCGCGUGAAUAUCCCAGCUUGCCGCCGAAAAUGACGUUUGUCAAGGUGAUUCCCUGGCAUCCCAACGUUUAUGAAUCUGGCGAGGUGUGCAUCUCUAUUUUGCACCCACCAGGCGACGAUGAGUUUGGGUACGAGCAAAGCGGAGAGCGUUGGCUACCCAUUCACACCGUGACGACCAUUUUGCUCAGCGUGCUCUCCAUGAUGUCUGAGCCCAACGAUGAGAGCCCGGCCAAUCUGGACGCCGCCAAGCAACUGCGCGAGGAUCCGCAAGGCUUCAAGAAAAAGGUGCGGCAGUGCAUUCGGCGAAGCCAGGAAGAGGCCUAUGAUUAAGUAGCACGCAAGGCACCGUGUGCCACCUUCCAUCCCUCUCAACAUUCUAUGUUUGCGAAUGCAAUCUUUGUGCACCAUGGCGUGAACCUCUUUGGUCUCUUUUGCCAACCUGAUUCUCGAAAUUGUGUAAAUUCUAGCC